AUAGCAAUCAUGGAACAAGUGAUUGCUUUAAGUACACAAAAUCCAUUGUCUUUAUUGGUCAAAUUUGGGAUGAUGGCUUGGAACGACACAUGUGGCAAUGAAAAUUGUUCUGGACAUGGUGAAUGUCACAAUGGUACUUGCUUAUGUGAGAUUCAGUUUGAUGGAUUGGAAUGUCACGUUCCAAAUUUAAGUUAUUACAUUGCAUUCGCAACUAUAUUCUUCAUGUUGGCAUUUGUUUGUCUAAUACAACUUAUUAUGUGUAUUGUUGCUGAAUGGCAAAAAAUGAAAGCCCCAUCUUUUCUUAGAGCAUGUAGAGUUACUACACAGAAAGUCUUAUACUUUAUUGUGUUUUUGGCAUCAUUAAUUCGAGGAGCAUAUUUUACAUCUCCGAAUGCAUUCAAGGAAGGAUGGUCUAGAAGUUUACUGUCUGCAUAUUAUCCACUUGUUUUAAGUGGAUCCUCGUUAAUUGUUUGUUUCUGGGCUGAAGUAUUUCACUUACGAGAUAUGUCAUGGGAUAAGCCACAGUUUCUUUCAAAAUCGUUUAUGGGUUUUGCAGUGUUUAAUGUAUUAACAUAUUCUCUGCUCUUAGCAGAAUUCAUUACAGCUCAAUUGUAUUCACAGGAGCAUCAGAGCUUCUACACACAUAUCUUUAAUGGGUGUUAUGCAGUACUUCUGUUUAUUGUUGUGAUCUUUUUCUUAAUUUACGGAGUGGAAGUCUUUUUUAAGAUUCGUGGUGGAUUUCUGAACGACUAUCAAGGAAGUACAGUUGUGAACAAACGCACAGUUUCUGAUUUAAAAGUUAACCCUGAAGAACAAGUUACAGCAAAAUUGUUUGAUCCCAUUCCUAGUACAUCGCAAUCGUUGGAAGUGCAACAACAGAUAAAUAUUUCUCAGUUACAUCAGUCUCGUGUUGGAUUAUUAUCGCAAGCUUUUAUGCUUUUUAUUAUAGUUGGAUUUUUAUGUAGUGAGACACUUAGCGAAUUUUGGAAGACAAAGUAAUUCCGUGUUAUCGAAGUUGGAGUAGUAUUGUGGUUUCCAUGCGUGUUAUGGAAUUGUUUUAGUCCAGAACAGCUAUGGAUAUUGAAUCCAAAGCGCAUAUUGAAACGAUUAGAUCAGUCGAAGUACGUAAAGGAAAUUGAAUUACAAGACAAAAGUGGAGAACAGGAUGCUGCAUUAUGUUUAGAUGGAACAUCAAUUAGUAGUAAGGAUUGUUGGAUUUGUUAUGAUAGUGACAGACAGGAUGCUGGCCCACUAAUACAACCUUGUCAGUGUAGAGGUGAUGUAAGUGCAGUUCAUCACAACUGUUUACGUCGAUGGUUGGUUGAGAGUUCUGUAAAUGCUGAUAGCUUGACGUGCAAAGUGUGCGGUACGCAGUAUAAUGUUGAACAUGCAAGCAGGUUGGAUUGGCAAAACAGUAUAACUUCCCGACACUGUUUGCAAACUAUAGCCAUUGUCACAACAAUGUGUGGAUCAUCAGCUGCUGCCUGGACGCUCAUUCAAUUAGUUGAAGGUCCUAUUAUUAGAAUGUUUGCAGCCGGUACUGCAUUGCUGGUGAUGUACGUUUGUAUAAGGUUUUUAAGUUUGAACACGGUAGUGGCAUAUCAACGUGCCAAAAUUUCAUCUUUAAAUAUUAUUAGUACCGAUAGUAACGGAACUGCACACGUUUCUACCAUCAGUCACACGGUUUGUGUGGAUCUGGCAAAGUCUGAAACAGCCACGAUAUAA